AUGUCCGACUCUCAAUUGAAUACUUUAGCGAUUACUUCAGGUUUGAUAAUGAUGACUUUGAUUGUUGUGUACCAUACCAUCAGUUCAUCCAAUAAGAAAUAG